AUGGACAGCUUCAUCAACAGCAUGAAAAUCUUCGAUUGGCUUCGGGCACCGACGCGCGACAAUGACGGUGAUGAUCUGCGUCAGAAGACGGACCAGCAAACCCCAAAGACCCAGCCCCAGUGGCAUGAUCCCGAUGAACGCGCUACCCUCUACCAGACCUUCGUCAAGGAGCGUCUUGAGCUACAACGGAGCCUCAACAAGAAGAUGAUGCCGCAGUCAAAACCGAACAGCCCCCACAUCAAGAAGAUGCAGAGGGAGAUGGCUACUUUGAGACACGAAAAGGAUGACUUGCAGCGAAGGUUUGUGGAUGUCCAGGACGAAAUGCAUGAGUUGGAGCGAGCGUUUAGGAAUACCUGUAAGACGCUUGCUCUUACGCAGGUGGAGGUUACCAAGCUGAGGCCGGAGAAAAAUAAGUAUCGCUGUCCGGUGGAUAUGGACAUUGACGAGUUUCUGAGAAGGGGAAGGGAAAGAUUGGAGCAGGUCGAAUAG